AUGGCGAGUGCAGAAGGAAAGUACAUCACGCACCCCAACGGGCAAAAAACUCAUUACUUCGACGACGACAAUACAGAGCCUGGUUCAGAAUGCGAGACUAUUCUAAUCCAGCCCGGAUUUGCGCGACACGGGGCAUUCUGGGACCAUUGGGCAACGAAAUUUUCAGGAAAGAACAGGGUCAUCCGGCGCGAUGCAAGAGGACACGGUCGCUCCAGCCAUCCGGACGAGAUCUCAUCGACGUCCUAUAAGUAUGACGCAGACACGAUAUGCGCCGAGAUCAUCGACAUGCUGGACCAGCUGAAGCUCAAAAAGGUCCAUUUCCUCGGCGAAUCGACCGGCGGCAUGGUGGGUGAAAUCCUAGCUGUGAAAUACCCAGACCGACUGCAUUCGCUAAUCAUCUGUUCUUCGCCCACGUAUCUACCUCCUGCUGCACUCGAGAUGUUUGCGUUCGGACACGAGGACUGGCCGACCGCACUUCGAAAGCUGGGAGCACGUGGGUGGGCGGAACGAUUGUCGAAGAUGCCUGGCACCGUACCCGCUUCCAAUCCAGCGGAGCCCGAUCUCGCGUAUCUCCCAUGGUGGCUCGAUCAAAUUUCAAUAUCCAGCUCCGAAGGGCUUGCCCAAUACGCAGAGUUUCUUAUCACACUGGAUGCGAGGCCGUACCUGCAGCAUAUCAAGACCCCGAUGCUCAUUCUGGCACCGGCCAACAGCGCCGCGACAACGGUAGAGGAACAGGAAAGUAUUCAGCGACAGGUGCAAGGGUCGACUUUGAAAGUGAUCAACGGCAAAGGUCAUGAAAUCUACGUGGACAUGAUCUACCACUGUCAACUUGCUGUCAUGGAGUUCUUCGCACGUCUUCGGGGUGAACAUCCGUAG